UGCCACCAUCUCCCUCCAUUAACUCCAUCUCCCACGCCUCAGCACUCAACCACCUCCCUGAGAAAUAAUUAAACCUCUAGUCGCUACCUCUCUCAAUCUUAUCUAUUUUCUUAUCAGGAAUAGUAAACCUAGAAGAUAAGAUUGAGAAAGCUAGGGUUAGGGUCUAUCUUCUACAGUGGAGGAAACAUCCAAUUAAUGAAGUUGCAGAGAUGAAUUGAAGAAGGAAAACGUGUUUUGGGGAGUUGGGUCUCCAUUAAUUAUUGAAUUGGAGUUGAAUUGAGUGAUUAUUGUAUAUAAAUAGAGAAGGAGUGUGACGAAAAACUCAUGCCCGGAUUAGCCGGUGCACCAAGCUGUAGUUUAUAUUUGUUUUCAGUAUUUUCAUUAUGUUCUAAUUCAAUAACUAGGGUUUAGAUGAAUCCCUUGAUUGUAUGCUAAGAUAGUCAGUUUUCAUGUUGUUGUUCUUGAUGUGCUUAAAUUGAUUUAGGAUUGAUAGUUAGCUAAUAGACCAAAUGAACAUGUGAUAGGUUGUACUGUAAGAAGACAACUUAUACUAGGGGUGAGUUAGGGAGAUUAGUUGAUAACUUAUCCAUUAGAGACCUCUCUGGAAGAAGACUUGUGCUUAAUUGAUAUAGGAAGGAUUAGUUAGCUUUUUGAUCGAAUGAUCCUGUGAUAGGUUGUACUGUAAGAAGACAACUUAUACUAGGGGUGAGUUAGUGAGAAUAGUUGAUAAAUCAUCCAUUGUAUUCUUUCCUGAAAGGAACAAGAACAUAACUUGAGUAAGUAUUGCCUUAGCAUAGGAUUAGGAGGUGGAUUCAACUGCCCUAGUGCUCUUCCACAUCUUUGUUUACAAUCUGCUUUUCUAUUUUGUGUUACAUAAUCAACAUCUAGCCGUAUCGGCAAACAAAGCCCCCUAUUCGUGUUACUCCUGUUUCGAAUCAGUAUAGUAAGACCGUAACUUCAACUUACACCCACCUUGUCCCUGAGGAUCGACCUGUAUUUUCCUUGUCUACAAUAGGACAUUGUGGACUUGCAAUUUGACAUAGUCGUAGGUAUCUUUACAAGCCUACCAAGUUUUUGACACCGCUGUCGGGGACUCGGUAGUGGUGUAAUUGUUUCCAUGGUUCGACUUUACUGAUUUUUGUAUAAACUUGUACGUAUGUGUUUCGAAUUUUCUAUUAUCUUGCUGUCAAUGUUAUAACGUACUCAUUUUUAUCCAUCUAUAUAUACCUUUCAUAUGUUCUCUUUGUGCUGGAUGAUUCUUGCGUAGCAGUAGGUGUUUCUUAGAUGUACAUCAAUUCAUCUUUUUAUUUCAGUUAGUUUACUAUCAUUGUUCUCUACCUGAUUUAAGUCUGUUACAUUCUGUAGGUAUAGUUUGCAUCCUGUUAAUAAAUAUAAUUGUAGUUUUGAUUUUUCUUUCAACCGCAUCAUCAUAUAUUCUGCAUAGUUAAAAUCAUUUGUCAUUGCAUUUUGCAGUUCAUCUAUCCUUAGUUUAACUUAGUUAUUUCCAUCAUCUGUGUAUAUAAUUUUCACCUCAUCUGUGUAACAGUUCCGUAACAUAUUAGCUGUAGGUUUUGUUUUCAGUUUCAUCUGCAUAUUUGCUAGUUUUUCUUUCGUUUUCUUUCUCAGUUCUUUAGUCAUUGCAAUCAGUAACCUGCCUUUGCAUUAUGUAAGCUUUGUUCUGUAGCAUCUUAGCGGUGUCAUGUGGCUUAGUUUGUGCAUUCUGUCUGUAUUUAUAGUUUAAAAGCAUCUAUCACCUUGUAAUUUAUCAUCUUGCAUUUAGGUCAUGGUUAUUAGUCGCAUCAUUUAGCUGUAUUUUUGCACUCGCAUAGUUCUAUAUUAUUUUGAAGUAUCUCAUGUUACUGUCUCCCUGUAUAUAUAUCCAUCAGUAAGUCAUAUAAGAUUGUGAUGUCUUUGUCUUGGUUUUAAUACCUACUGUUUCAUUUUGUAACUUGUACUUGAACUCGAAACUGCAUAUCCUGAGUUGCCCAUAUCUCAGCUGCAUUGUGACAUCCCCCUUGAGAUUUCUGAACCUUCGGCUAUGCUAACCAAUCCUGCAGAUCUAAUUUGUCCCCAUUUCAGCUGCAUCGUACUUGUUGCACCAUUCUCGAAUAUAAUUUGCACCUAUAGGUCAAUUAUCUGUAGAAAUAAGCGUAGCAUUAUAUAUGGUACUGCUAGUUAGCUAGCAUUUUACAGUUCGUCAACACCCGAUCCGAUGCAGUGACCAGGUGCCUGCGGUACUGCAUCUGCAGGACAAGCAUCUUCAGAAGAAAAUCCACAGCAGUGUCACCAGUCCCAGCAUCCCUGCACUUCAUAUCACAUAAUCCCCUUUCUGAACUCAGUAUUAAUGUUUUUGUAUCCUUGAUUCACCUGUACAAUUCAAAAUCCUGACAACCUCUUUUGAAGAAACAGGUAUUUGUGAAGCUGAGAAACAAACCAAUGAGAGAAGGGAACGAGCAACAGAACUUGUUUAUCAUGCCUGAACCGGGUUUAUGCCGGCGGUAGUCUGCAAACUUUUGUGCAAGUCAAGAGAAGAGAACUGGCAGAUACAAAGUUGAUGUACAUCUAGUCUUGGUUCUGUACCGGCAGUGUUUUGCAAGUUGUUGUGCAAGCCAAAAUAAAGGCAGGUCCUUUGUACCGACUCUAGCCUGUUUGCAAAGGAAACUAAUAUUGAAUACGAACCUAAUCUGGAGGUAAAUGAAUGGACUAGAGACACUAUGGGUCGGGAUAGAGAUUUGCAUCCUUGUUACGAUGAUGAUGAUGAUUUAUUGGAAGAGCAUGUUUACUCUGAAAAUAUUCUUGCGGAAUCCUCUGUUUCUGAGACAUUAGAUUCUGUUACUGCUUCUUCUGAUUCUCUUAUUCAUAACACUGAAAUUUCGGGUGAUGUGGUUACUCAUCUUGAGCCUGUGCAAGUAUUCUGUGAAAAUGAGCAUGACUUAGGAAAGGUUGAAUUAUCUGUUGACACUAAUGACCUAAUACCUGAGAAUAACUUUGAUGUGUCUAAUUACAUUCCUACGCCGCAAUAUGAUUAUUCUUUUGAUACUGAUUUGGGUACUUUGGAAGCUGAUGAUACUGAAUUGGGGUUUGCUGAUUUGUUCAAUAACUGUGAGCAUGAUAAAGCACUACUUGUUUCUGAAUUGGGAAAAACUAGACUGCAUAGUGAUAUUUUUGAGCCUAAAAAUGAAUGUAACUUAAAUGCAUCUGAUUCUCUGCCUAGAACACAGUAUGUUGCUCCUCUGAUUCUCUUAUGCAUAAAACAAAGGACACAAAGGUUUUGGAUGAUGAUUAUGAACUGGGACUUGAUGAUUUGUUCUAUGAAAAUGAAUAUGAUAUACCUGUUUCUGUCUUACGGAAAGUGUGUGAUGGUACUAGUGGCCUUAUACAUGAAAACAAUUUAGACGUACCUACUUCCAUGCCUAAGUCACAAACUGAUAGUCUUGCUUCUGACCUGGAGAUUAUUCCUUAAGAAUGUGCUAAAUUCAUGUUAUUGACCGUUCCCAACCUAGGGAUAGAGUUAUGUGCAUCUCAAAUUCUUCUGAACAUCUUGUCCACUAAAUAUCCUGUCAUUGAGAAGCUACAUCUGGAGUCCCCUCCUGUUUCUUUGCCCAUCCCUGAACAUGUCAAUUUAGACUUUGAAAUUAUGCAGGAAGUACUUCAAGAUCUGAUAGUUGUUGAUAAAUGUCAUAUCUCUGUAAAAUUCAGGUUUGGGGGUAACUCAUUUGGUUUAGCAACCUUACUUAAAUUUCUGUCAUGUAAUAAAAGUGUGAGGCUACUGAAAUCUUUACAUGCUGUCUUUUGGGUUGAUCCUCAACUCUUUAGACUGUUGAUUUAUGGUGAAUUUUCCUUGUAUAUAAUCCAGUAGAUAAUUAUAUUUUCUAGAUCUUCUUGUAUAUAUGUGUGCUAAUCCAAUGUGACAUCAACUGAGUUACCGUUGGAUUCUAGCCUUGAAUAAUGAAGCUCUAAUCUCGCUUUCGCCGACAUACCGGUAAUCUCUUUCCUUUUCUUUAAUCAACAUAAUUCUCAUGGUAUGUUUCUGUUUAAAUUAUUAUCAUAUUUUGAAACAUUGAGGACAAUGUUAGAUUUAGGUUUGGGGGAGUAUUUUGCAUAUAAAGUUUUUAGUCUUUUGCCUCAAAAAAAAAAAUCGAAAAAUCCGAAAAGUUUCAAAAUCUUUGUAAAUAUUUGCAUAAAACCUCCAACUUUUAGAGAUCUUAGAGUCACUAGCAUGCUUCUAUCUAUGUUUACAUAGAGAGUCUGACCGAAAUAACUGAACUUGAAAAUACUGGAGAACACAAUCGGGUUUCUUGUUUGUCUUAGCGUUAAAGUUGGAUUUAACCAUGCCGGUGGGAAAAUUAGGUGCAUCAAAGUUAUUUGGUAUUAGAGUUGUGAUCACCCUUAGUGGGAUACUACCUAUUUUUACAUCAAGAGAGGCACCAACCUUCAUUUUUGUGACUAUGUAAAAAUUCCUUUUAGAGUGUGUGUCACCGUACGUAAAUUCUGGGUAGGAAUGGUGAGCUACCCAACUUCGCACCACUUUCAACACUAUUUUUGAUCUCUUGAGUGCUAAUUCUGUCAAUCAUGAGGAUGACGUCUAAAGGUGAAAACUCCUUCUUGUAGUUUGAUUUGCAGUUAGCACCAUUCUCUCUCUUUCGACAACAUCAACAGAUCCAUAGAAACACAUCAUCAUCAACAAGCAAAGCAACGUCAGAUUCUAUGAAGAAAGUUGAAAUAGUCCAAGGUUUACAUGCAACAUUAGAAGGAAAAGAAAAAGUCUUAUUUAAAAGUGAAGAUACAGUACAAAAAGCAGAAUUCUAUACACUAGUGAAGACUUAUCUUACAAGAGCACAAGAAAUAGAAAAUGAGAAUCAAUGAAGUUUAUGAAAUCAAGACAAUAAAGGUUGUGAAGAAUCAAGUUAUAAAGUCCUUCCAUGGCAUUAGCAGUUUCAUUAUUUAUUUUCAAUUUGUCAUUUUCAUGUAAUUCAAAAAACAAAAAAAAAAACAAAAAAAAAUGGAAAAGAAAAAUACAGUUUGUUUUUAAUUUUGUUUAAAUAACACCAUGGUAAACAAGAA